UAAUGUCUAAUUAAACUAUUUGAUAGGAAAUGGAUUGCAUUGUGGAUCAGAUGAUGACAGUGGCCGAGUACUUGGGAUGGGAUGUCACAGAAUUGAAACCGAUAUUACAAGACAUGAUGGUUGAGAUCGAUUACGACGCCGACGGAACCGUUUCGCUGGACGAAUGGAAAAGGGGUGGACUCACAACCAUUCCUCUCUUAGUUCUUCUUGGCUUGGAUUCACAAACCGUGAAAGACGAUGGGAACCAUGUUUGGCGGUUAAAGCACUUCAGUCGUACGGCUUAUUGUAAUCUAUGUCUAACAAUGUUAGUCGGUUUGGGCAAAAAAGGCUUGUGCUGUGUCUUUUGUAAAUAUACGGUACACGAGAGAUGUGUGCAAAGAGCGCCGGCUUCCUGUAUUAGCACUUACUCCAAGUCUAAGAAAACAUCUCAGCUCCACAAUAACUGUGCCUCACAAGUCAAGCCAGAAUGUAAUCUAGGUCAACAUAGGGAUCAUAUAUUAGCCCCGGCAUCCAUUGUGCCCAUAGUCCUCGUAAGU